AUGUUUCCUCACCAUUUCCCAAUUCUCUCUUCCUCCUCCUCUUCUUCUUCUUCAACAUCCAUCUCCACCUCCACCGCUGAGGAUUCCAAUGAUGCAGUGGCGGCGGCUAAGCCAAAACAACAGCACCCUUGGCUCAUCGUUGGCCUCGGCAAUCCUGGCAAAAAAUACAACUCCACACGCCAUAACGUGGGUUUUCAGAUGGUGGAUGCUUUAGCUGAUGCUGAAGGGAUAUCUAUAUCUGGCGUUUCUUUUAAAGCCCUCUUUGGUAAAGGAUUUAUUGGAAAUGUUCCAGUGAUGAUUGCCAAGCCCCAGACUUUUAUGAAUGCAAGUGGUGAAUCUGUUGGGGCCAUCGUUUCAUAUUACAAGAUUCCUUUGAAGCAAGUACUUUUGAUUUAUGAUGACUUAGAUCUUCCUUUUGCGAAAUUGAGGCUUUUGCCAAAAGGUGGACAUGGAGGGCAUAAUGGGUAUCUUCUUCUUCUUGUUGUGUGCGCUUAUAUGAGGAGUGUUAUUAAUCACUUCAAAGGGAGCCGUGAUUUUCCUCGUUUAAGAAUUGGAAUUGGACGGCCUCCUGGGAAAAUGGAUACUGCUAACUUUGUUCUCCGGCCCUUUACUAAACAAGAACGUGAAGAGUUGGAUUUUACUUUUCAACAAGGCAUAGAAGCUGUCCGGAUUCUUUUAAUCGAGGGAUUUAACAAAAGUGCUACUUUUAUGAACAGUGCUAAAUCUAUGGAGCAACUUGGUUAA